AUGAGCAGAGAAGCGGAAGGCAGCUACCAGGUGGUCUCCAUGGUCACUGGGGAGUGCGUGGCUCACAUUGACCUGGGAGUGCUGGAGCCCACCCCAUCUCCGCCUGUCCGGGGAGCCCCGCCUCAGGGAGAGGGAGACCUCAGCGACAAUGAAAAGGAAGAUUAUGCCCCCGACGCUGUUUUCAAAAAUCUCUCAUCCCGUAAAGCCAGAGCUGCAGUCACAUGCUUGAUGAGUAUCAUGAUCAUCCUCAUCCUCAUUCUGAUAGUAGCUCUGGCAGCGGUAGUGUCUCGUGUCCCUGAGUCUCUUCUUUCUGAGCCCUGCUGCCCAGAUGGCUGGGUCGGGUACCGAGGGAAAUGCUACUAUUUCUCUGAAGGGGAAGGGAACUGGGAAUCCAGCCAGAGCCACUGCUCUUCCCUCGGCGCCUCCCUGGCUGCGAUCGACACCCCACAGGACCUGGCUUUCCUGAUGCGCUAUAAGGGGCGCACUUACCACUGGAUCGGCCUGCGGCGGGAAGAAAGCCAGCCCUGGAAAUGGGUGGAUGGGACAGAAUUCAACAACAUGUUUGAAGUGAAGGGAGGAGGAAGCUGCGCGUAUCUGAACGACGUGGCCGUCAUCUCCUCGAGGUGCCAGACGGAGAAGAACUGGGUCUGUAGCAAAGCCAGCCCGCAUCUGAAGAAGGACUAG